AGGGAGCAUGGAGUUCUUAGGAGAUCUUAAGAUGUUUUUUAAUUUACUUUUUUUUAUUAUUUCAGGUUGACAAGUUCUGAUUAAGUAAGAGCAAGUGUGGCAUCUACAAAACUUCCAUCAUGUUUCGUAAGAAGGGGAAAAAAGGAGCUCCUAAGCGGAAUAUAACAGUGGAAUCUGCAUAUAAAGAUAUGCAGAAUUUAACAAAUGAAUACAAAGCUCCUGAGGUUCAGGUAGAUGUGCUGGAGAAUACAGAUACUAACAUGUCAAAUGUGGCUACAAAACAAACUUUUCAGCCAGUGAGAACGCCAAAGUCUUUGCCAACACGAUUAACAAACAUAAAAGUCCCGUCUGAUGCUGUUGGUAUAUUAAAUGUCUCAAAACCUGUAUCACCAAAUGCUAUAAGGGCAAUAACAGCUGAACAGAAAAGGAAAGAUAUUUCUAUGGGACAGAAACCAUUCUUUUCAAUCAUGGAAGCUAUGGAAAUGAAGACAUCAUUAUUGUCUGAGAAGGUGGAUAUUUUGAGUUUUGGUGGAGUUACUCAAAUGACUGAUUUAGUUCUGUUCACAUUGAUGAUACACAAUAAAGAUGGAAAAUACAUUUUAUCUGGUCCAGAUCUCUGUAAAACAAAAUGUGACAGUGUGAAGGAACUAGAUUUAUCAGGGUGUUUUCACCUGACUGAUGCUGGGAUACAGUGCAUUCCAGAAUUAUUUCCUAACCUGACAACUAUAAACUUAGCUGGAUGUGGUAAAGUCACAGAAACUGGACUCUAUCCUGUGGUGAACAAAUGCUUGAAACUUAAGAAUGUAAAUAUAAGAGGGACAAAUGUAACAAUUCUACCUUACAAAGUUUCAUCAAUGGACAUAAAUACUGACGGCUAUCCAUGCAUAUCACCUGAAAAAGAAAUCUUAAAACAACAUGGAACAAAGCUUCUAGAUGCACCAUCAUAUGCUAAACCUACAAAUGAAGAUCUGAUGAAAGUGUGUAUCAUUCAAGGAUCAGAUGUAAAACAAAGUUUUAUCAAGUAUUUGAAGAACAACCAGGAAAGAACAUUAGAACCUGUAGAAACUUUAACACAGCAUAAAGUCAAUGAUAGAUUCCUUGUCAACUGUAUACAAUGUCAUGAGAGCAUAUGUGAUAUGUUUAUAACAAAGAGAACAGUUUACAUUUUUCCUGUUUGUAAAAACAGUGAUGUAAAGACAACAGCUGCACGUAUAUUUGGUAUUAUCUGUCAGAUAAUAAAUAAGGUACAUAAUGGUGUAUUUAUGAUAGUUGGUAUGAAUGGAGGCAGUGAUAAGAUACCUGUGGAUCAGAUUAAACAUGAAGUGGCUGCAGCAGCAAAAUCUACAGCUACAAAACUUCAGAAAUCCCUUGAUGCAGAGCUAGCUGAAACAUUCAAGAAAAUUGCUAACAAAAGCAGCAGUUCAGUAAACUCCAGUAUAGAUCAACAAAUGAAUACAAUGUGUCAGGUGAUGUUGAGCAACUCACUGGAAAACCUUUAUCUUGAUUCAGUAGAUAUUAACAUCACAAAACCAUUUACUGGUUCUGAUGGUGCCAAACAAGUUGUGUCUAGUCUUGAGAAGCUUUGUAGCCUGUAUCCAGAAUACCAGGAGAUGGCUGCCCCUAUAUACAAGUUUACAUUACAAGAUAGUGUAGAUAAAAUGCUUAACACUGGUGUACUAUCAACAGAGUCAAACAAGGAUAACACAAGGAAGAUGAUGGAUUUAAUGGCCAUGAUGGGACGAACUGUGACUUUUUCUACCAUUGAUGAUACAAGUGGUGUUUGUUUGGUUGAAUGGUUUGCUAAGAUCUGUAACAAAGCAUUUAAUCCACCUACAACCUCCACCUGUAAUGGACGUGUUAAUGGUGUAGGAGACACUGUUCCAAUGUGGGAAAGAUCAGACCUUAUAGCUGCUUUACAGCCAACAGUGAGCAAGGAACAGGCUUCACCAGGUGUUAGUCUACUGAUGUUGCUAGGGUUAAGUGUGUACCCAUCAGUAUUUAUUUCAUUCCAAGAUCUACCAAAGCAACCAGUUGUUUCAUUGGAUGAGUUUUUCCCAGAAAUUCCAGGAAGAGACAAGAGAAAGGAUAUGUUUUAUACAGUUGGCUACAAGGCAAGUUUAGCCAACCCUACUGCAAGUUUUAUACUGAGACAGUUGCUAACUUACUGUACUAGAUUGAGAAAAUGGAAUAUUGCCUGGCAGACUGGAUUUAUAGUACAAGAAGGAAAUGUGGAAACUCUCAUAGAGAUCAAAGAGGAGGCUGGGGGUGGCAGUAGUAUAAGUUUGUACUGUCAUACAGUAAAACAGCAUCAGGGAGAUCUUAUAUCACAGAAGCUAGAGGAGACAGUGUGGAAUGCUAUACUACAAUACAAACUUGUACUUGACUAUGUCUUACAGUUAAACAAUAUUCCACAUACAAUGUCUCUUGUAAUGGGUAAACAGCUUCCUGAAAAGAGUCAUGUAAGUGCCUUAAUACCAAGACACUCAUAUAGACAACAGGAAAACAAUCCAGAUAGCCCUCUACUAUGCUCACAAUGUGGUAUACAACCAAAAGUAGACUCCUUAUCCUGGAUUUUGAAAAACAAUCUGUGUAAAGACAUUUUAUCUGAGGAAAGUUUGAUAGCUGAUGCUGGUGUGAAGUGUGCAGGAAAUAUGCUAAAGUUUGCUGACAAAGGUCUAACAAUACUGAGGACAUCAUUGAUACCAAGUUGUCAGCCUUCAUUCAAAGUUCAUCUUUUGAAAGGUUCUACAGAGAAAUUAAGGAUUGGCUUCGGAUAUGGAUUGGUAAAAAGGGAGAAGCAAAA